AUGGGCGGCGGACCAGAGCUCAAGAAUUUGCACGAAAAAAUCCUGGUCGCGCUGCCGGGCGAGGCGCCGACGGCGCUGCUGGAGCGCCUGAAGCACAAGUUCCCAAACGUCGAGGUCGAGUUCGUCCAGAUUGGGUAUAAGCUCAGCCCGGACGUGCCGAAGGAGGCUUUCGCAGACAAGACGAUCCUGGUCACGUUCAACGGGCUGCCCAAGUCGUUGGAGGAUGCACCUAAGCUGAAGUGGCUGCAUCUGCUUAGUGCUGGGAGUAACCAUAUUCAGAAGCAUCCCAUCUACACCGACUCGGAUAUCACAAUCACCACCAGCAGCGGCAUCCAUGGGCCCCAGAUUGCCGAGUGGGUCCUGCUGACCACGCUCGUCCGCACCCACUUCUACAACGACCUGCAUGACGCGCAGAAAGAGCACAAAUGGGCCAAAUACUCGUCUUCCCAGACCGUCCACGACCUCGUCGGCCAGCGCCUCGGCGUCCUAGGAUACGGCAGCAUCGGCAGGCAAGUCGCCCGCGUCGCCCAAGCCAUGGGCAUGACCGUCCUCGCCUACACGGCGACGCCCAAGGACACGCCCGAGUCGCGGCGCGACCACGGCUUCAUCGUGCCCGGCACCGGCGACGCCGACGGCUCCAUCCCCGCGGCGUGGUACUCGGGGCUGGACAAGGCGUCGCUGCGCCGCUUCCUCGCCCAGGACAUCGACAUCCUGCUCGUCUCGGUCCCGCUGACCGACCAGACCCGCGGCUUCCUCAGCACCGAGGAGUUCGACACGCUGGCCGCCGGCAGCAGCAGCAGCAAUGGCAGCAUUGACGAGGCCAAGCCGUGGCGCGAUCCCGCCAAGGGCGGCAAGGGCCCCGUCCUGGUCAACAUCUCGCGCGGCCAGAUCGUCGAUCAGCCGGCCCUGGUGCGCGCGCUGCACGACGGCGUGCUCGGCGGCGCGGCCCUCGACGUGACGGACCCGGAGCCGCUGCCCGCCGACGACCCCUUGUGGAGUGCGCCCAACGUGACCAUCACGCCGCACAUCAGUGGCAAUGGCGCAAGCUACACGGAUCGGAGCUUGCAGAUCCUGGAAGAGAACUUGGCCCGGAAGGAGCGCGGCGAGAAGUUGCUGAAUGUCGUGGAUAAGAAGAGAGGUUACUAG